UCCUGCGGGGGAGGUCCCAGCCCGCGCUCUUUUCCAAGAGCCGGCGGCCCAGGAGCGGUGGCGAUGGCGGGGCUGGCGGGGGACAACCCGGGGGCCGCCGGGCCCCUCACCUUGAGCGCGCUGAGGGGCUACCGCGCCUACGCACGCCGCUGGGUCUUCCUGCUGGUGAUCAGCCUGCUGAGCUGCUCCAACGCCAUGGACACGGCUGGCCCCUGUGUCUGGAUGCCUGGAAACCAGAACUGGCUGUGGCUCAGCUUUGCACCCGUGGCUGACACGAUCGCCCAGCACUUUGGCCUCUCCACCGAGCAGAUCAACUGGCUCUCACUGGUCUACCUUGUGGCAUCCAUCCCGUUCGGCGUGGUGGCCGUCUGGGUUCUGGACUCCGUUGGGCUCCGCUGGGCAAUCCUCCUAAGCGCAUGGCUGAACUUUGCGGGGAGUGUGAUCCGCUCCCUGCCCUGCAUGCUGACCAGCAUCCACGACCCCUUUGCCUUCCUCCUGGGGGGGCAGAGCCUCUGCGCCCUGGCCCAGACUCUGGUCAUCUUCUCUCCAGCCAAGCUGGCCGCUCUGUGGUUCCCUGAGCACCAGCGAGCCACAGCCAACAUGAUUGGCACCAUGUCAAACCCUCUGGGCCUCCUGGUGGCCAACCUGCUGUCUCCCGCUCUGGUGAAGAAGGAGGAGGACAUUCCCGUGAUGGUGAGGGACUCACAGGUGCACGUGUGUGCCUGUGUGGUACGCGCACCGUGUGGCUGGAAUUUGGUGCGUCCUUGGCUGGGCAUCUACACCAUUCCUGCUGGCCUCGCCUUCUUGCUGGCCACGGCAUGCCUCUGGGAGAGCGCGCCCCCCACCCCCCCCUCUGCUGGAGCUGCCCAUUCCACCUCUGAGAAGUUCCUCGACGGCCUGAAGCUGCUGGCAAGGAACAAGGCCUACAUCAUCCUGGCCGUGUGCUUUGGGGGCGGCAUUGGCAUCUUCUCCAGCUUCUCGGCCCUCCUGGAGCAGGUCCUCUGUGUGAACGGCUAUUCCGAUGAAUUUGCGGGCCUCUGCGGGGCUCUCUUCAUUGUGUUUGGGGUCCUGGGGGCCCUGGCUCUUGGCCUGUACGUGGACCGAACCAAGCAUUUCACGGGAGCCAUCAAGAUCGGCCUGUGCCUGACAUCUCUGGUCUGUGUGGCCUUUGCCCUGGUGUCCCAGCUGCAGGGACAGACCGUUGCGCUGGCUGCCAUCUGCUCGCUGUUUGGGUUCUUUGGCUUCGCGGUGGCUCCUGUCGCCAUGGAGCUGGCUGUGGAGUGCUCUUUCCCUGUGGGUGAAGGUGCAGCCGCAGGCCUGCUCUUCGUGCUGGGGCAGGCCGAGGGUGUGCUCAUCAUGAUGCUGCUGGCUGCCCUGACCGUGCGCCGCGCAGAGCCGUCCUUCUCCACCUGCCAGGACGGCCAGGACCCACUGGACUGGAAGGUGUCCAUGCUGCUGAUGGCCGGCCUGUGCGUCCUCUUCAGCUGCCUCAUGGUGCUCUUCUUCCACACCCCGUACCGGCGCCUGCAGGCUGAGGCUGACGCAAACCCCUCCAUCCAGGAGGACACGUGCCCGGCAACCUCAGACCCCUCGGACCACGCGCCUCACCCAGCAGCCACCCUCUGAGGCUCUGUCCGGGCAGCCCCAGCCCCAGCCCCAGCCCCAGCCCCAGCACGGAUGCCGCAGGAAGUCGAAGCAGCUCUUUCCUGGAGCCAAUGCUCCUGCCCCGGGCUCCCUCUUCCAGAGAGCCCACAGAGACAUCGCAGGGGCCUGCAGAGGGCCAGAGGCCAGGGAGCAGUUAGCGUGUCCAGAAGGGGGCCUGGGAAUGUGAAGGGGCGGCCAGCAGAGGCAGGAUGGCCCAUUGGACACCCUGUGGCUAUUAGCAAGAAGAGCUGCCGCCGUGUAGACAAGAGGCCACUGACAAGUUGGGAUGUGCCCGUAGCCAGGCCAGACCUUGGUGGUGGCGCAGGGGCUGUGAUGGGGAGGCCGGCCUGGCAUGAGGGGCACAGGCUGGGGGAAACUGGGUGGGUUGGGGAUCCCGAGGGUCCCGGAUGGCUGAGUCUGGAGUGGACAGGUGUGGGGCAGGCCUGCCUCGAAGGAGCCCAUCCCAGAGCCACUCUCCAGCUCUUCUGACCACUGAAUGACCAGACACCCAGCCGGUGCUAGCACAGGCUGGGCUGGAGGGGAGGCCAGGGGUGGGCCCCAGGAGACACCUACUCCCCCAGCAGAGACACUCACAGGCAGGUUUGUGGAUUCACAUUUAUUGAACUGACCACAGCCUGGUGGGGGUGCCCCUCACUCCUUCUCCUCCCCAUGGGUGAACAUGUAGCUCAAAGCCUUGUAGUCCAGGUUUCCUGCAGCAUCAACGGUGGAGAACUGGAACAUCUGGUCAACCUAGGAGUUUGGCAGUGGAGUGUGGGGCCCAGGCAGGAGUGGGAGGGAGUGGGAGUGUCCCCAAGGCCACAGCUAGCGGGCGAAUUACAUGCACUGGCUAUAAUUGCAGGG